UGUUUCGUUCUUGAUAAAAUACAUUUUCUUUAUAUGAAUUUAUAUAAAGGAAAAAUCAUCAAUUAUAUAUUAGUUUUCAUUAAUAACUUAUCUAUACUUCAGUGUUCCUAGUAUUGUAUUAUACAUUCUUCAAUAUUAGUAUUUUUAAAAACAUCACUGCAAAAUUAGUGGAAGUAUUAAAGUUUUAGUUAAUAUAAUUAAAUAGACUUAAAAGUGAAGUCUAGAUGAUCUAGAGUUCACAACAAAGCUUACAGAUACACAUCAAUGGCAGGCGAAGUUAUUGUAGACGCUUUACCUUACAUCGACCAGGGAUACGAUGAUCCCGGUGUCCGAGAAGCGGCUCUGGGCAUGGUUGAAGAAGAAUGUAGAAGGUACAGACCAACAAAAAACUACUUAGAGAAUGCAGGCCAGGAACUGAGUACAGCAUUUGAGACAUCUGCUCUACAGAGAGAAAUGGAACGAGUACAGCAGCGGUUGCCUAUGGAACCAUUGUCUAUGAAAAGGUAUGAGUUACCACCUCCACCUGCAGGUCGUCUCGGAGAACCAACAGCAUGGUCAGAGUCAGUAGACAACUCACAUGCACAGUUGUCCCACCAAGCGACUAGAGUACUGAAUUUGGAGCUGCAGUUACAGUAUGGGUCUGAGGCUUGGAGGUCGUACUUGAAUACAUUACAGGAUCUAGUCACUAGAUCACAAAAUAUUCACACACAAUUAAGAAAACAAAUAGCAUCAGUGAAUUGGGAACGUAAGAGAUCUCAGACGGCGAGUGGCGCACGACUGCGCGCGUUGCGGCGGCGGUGGGCGCACCUCGUGUCAGACAACUACCGACUGGAACGAGCACUAAUGCAAUUAGAAAUACAACUACAAAAGGCAAAAGGACAGGCACCGGCUGAAGAUGACGAACCGGCCGAUUUGGAAGCUGUCAAGUUGUUGCCAGAUAAACUCAACUCCGAAACAGAGAAGGAAGUACAGAAGAAGAUAGAAGACAUGUUCGCUGAUUAGAUAAAUAAUGAAAAGUAAAAAUUGUAACGAAGUAAUCCCAUUGCUAAAAUAAAUAAAGUGAUGUGUAAAUUUUAUAGAAUUUACGAGAA